GUCUUCUCGCCAACGACCUUCUACGUCGCCGGCCGCUUCAUUCACUCCGCAGAUCCGGGAGCUCCGCCGCUGUACGAGCUCUCCCAUUCGGUGGGAUUUCUCAAGGACUCGGAUCGGAAUGUGCGCAUCGAGAGGCUCGAGUACUCCAUCAAGCGGCGCGACGGCGUGGCCCAGCUGGCGGCGCGCAAGAGGCACAUAUAUGACCUGAAGCAUCCCACGGGAGUGACGGGCCCGACCUUUGCGUACCACGCGGAACCCACGUCCCGGCAGAGCCCCUAUGCGUUUGGGCUGGAGACCUUUCGGCCGAGGAGGUUGUCUUCUGCCAAGGGCUAUCGCAUACUGCGCGCCACGCAUGCGCUGGACCGUCGGUUAGUGCGUCGAGAUGUGCUAUUUUCGGCGCUCCCUGUGAAGGACAACAGCGUUCGGUUUGAAUGGAGCGAUGCAGAGGGCCAGCUGAUUGCGCGAGAGGUGGACGUAGACGGUCUGAUGACGUUGGUCGUCAGCGCCAUGAUGGGUGCUGUUCAGAGAGACGUGUUGAUCUCUGCGUGGAUGUCGAGGGUCUGGGCCGAGCUUGCAAAG